CAUAACUUGCCAGCGAGCCGAAGCGACCUGUAGGCAAGAAAGUCAACGCAAGCAACAGGACAAACCUUGAGCAAAACCUUACGUAUUGUGGCUUGCGAAAUUAAAAAUGACAUAGGUUACCGUAGCUUUUGGGCAACUCCGGAACCUGACAGAUGGACGCGGAAGGGGCGUUCGCCCCGCCCCCGCCUCUGGCGGGGGAGCCAAAAGACUUGUGGUAUGUGGGUGCAAUAAUCAACGUGAUCGGCAGUAUCGCCAUCAACCUCGGGACGAACCUGAUGAAGUUGGGGCACAAUAAGCGCGCCAAAAUGCCCAUGCCGGACGACCAAAAGCCAUCCGUGCGGAAGAUCAAGGAGUGGGUGGUUGGCAUGUCCUUCUUUUCGGUUGGCAAUAUCCUGAACUUCACGUCGUUUGGUUUUGCGGCCCAGUCAUUGCUUGCGGCGCUGGGCAGCAUCCAGUUCGUCUCCAACGUCAUCUUCGCCUACUUCGUGCUGCAUGAGCAGAUCAAUCGCAUGGUGAUCAUCGCGACAACAUGUAUCGUGGGCGGGUGUGUGCUGUUGGUGGUGUUCGGAAACCAGAGCGGCGCGACAUACACAGUGAAGCAGCUGACGCAGCUGUACGGCAAGCCGGCGUAUGUGGUGUACCUGUGCCUUAUGGGCGUGGGCGUCGUGGGCGGCUAUAUGCUGUACCUGCACGGCUCCAAAAAGGUCGCCAAGAACGGACCGCGAGGCUUCUGGUACGCUAUCUUGCCGGUCGCAUACGCGGUGUUCUCAGCGCUGAUCGGGACGCAGAGCGUGUUGUUCAGCAAGAGCAUGUCGGUGAUCCUGCGCCUCACGUUCACUGGCGAGAACCAGCUCGGGAACUGGUACACUUGGUUGGUGCUGCCGCUGUUCCUGGCAACGGCGGUGUUUUGGAUUAGCCGCCUCAACAAGGGCCUACGCAUGUUCCCGGCGAUGAUCAUCGUGCCAGUAAUGCAAAUUAGCUGGACGCUGUUCUCCAUCAUCUCGGGCAUGCUGUACUUUCAGGAGUACCUGGGCUUCACGCCGAUCAAGUCGGUCAUGUUCCCCAUCGGUGUGCUGGUGGUCUUCGUGGGCGUAUUUCUGCUCACACAGAGUGGCGGCGCAGCUAAGCAGGCCAGCUACCAGAAGAUGGAGGAGGAGGCCGCCGCAAACGCCGCCAAGCAGGACACUGCGCAGUCUGCGUUUGGCUCCACGACGCAAAUGGUGGAGAUGCCCAAGCGGGAGCCAAGCAUAGAUGCCCGGUCAGAGAUUUCCUCAGAGCCCAGCGUUGCCGCACCAGCGCGCGUGGAGUCUCCAGAGAAGCUUGGCCGCGGGGAACAGGUGGCGCCAGCGGCUGCCCCGGAAGCCAGUGCGAAGCCGGGUCUGCAGACGCGGCGGACCGGGGAGGAGGUCGUGGAUGUGGAGAGGGGCGGCGACGGGUCGGCGGUGGAGGAGAUCAGCGCAGCCACGCCUUCCAAGGCGACGCCAUCGCUCGAGGACGUCGCCAAGAUGACGGAAAGCCCUUCGUCGAUGCUGGACUCGGUCAAGCGCCGCUUCCGGGCGGUGCAGGAGAGGCUGAACCGGGACCUGCUGAGCGUGGAGGCGCGCGAGGGCUUGAAGCAGGCGAUGGGCCUGGGCGAGGGCGGCAUGGCCAUCAGCCUGUUCGCCAUGCCCACAAUGAUGGACUACGCGCACGAGGUGAACCCUCGAGGGCACUUCUCUGGAGACCAGUCGAGUUCUGUCAAGACCGACAAUGGGUUGCGGCCAAUACUGGAGGACAUUGAGAUCCGCUCCACCAGCAGCUUCUCAUUGCCGUCGCGCGGGGCGGGGCGCGCUUUGGGCCGGGAAGACGAGGAUGUGCAGCACUCGGCGCCCGCCAGCCCGCGGCACGCGUCGCUCCCGCGCAAGCUGAUGGACAAGGCGGAGCGCGGCGUGCUCAAGAGCAUAGAGGCGGUCAAGCGGGCGCCGUCCAACCUGCAGCGGGCGGUGCGGGACAAGCAGGGCUACGGCUCGCUGUACGAUGACGAGGAGCGGGGGCUGCUGGAGGUGGCCAACUCGCUGGAGGUGACGGGGCGGGACGACAGCAAGUAGUGUGGAGGACGGGUCUCAUGGCGCGUGGUGACAUGGAGGGUGAAUUGUCUGUGGAGUGGGGGCUGCUGCAUCCGUGGCGCGGUAUGGUGCUGUCCCUCAUGGAGGAGCAGCCAUAGGCCAUAGACUUUGACACUGAUGGUCAUUUGGAGUACAUAACCAUGUGAGUAAACGGCACGAUAUGCCAGACUGUCACGUGUACACGAGCAUUGGUUGUGAGCGAUGCCAGCCUUGGACAUUGGGCAGUGCGACCAUCAGUGCGUAGUAGAAGCACGCACACGGUCCGGUGAUGCCAUGAUUGGCGCGUGCAUCCCGUGGGGGUUAUGGGUGCGGUAGGGAGCAGCAAGGGCACGAACAUGCAACGUUCUCCCUUAUCGGGGCGCGGACAGUGCCCUGGGCCCCUGGCGCUGUCGGAGUUGCAUCAGUGUGGCGCGCGCACUCGCGCUAUUGCCAGGCAAAAGCAACUUGAUUGGCAUUCUUCGCAAGGGGGUCCGGACAAUGAAGCGAUGACGGGAUUACCAGAGCAUCAAGGCCUCAAUCGAGGAUCAAGGCUAGGCGUUAUGAUGAAGUGCAUGAUGUGGAGGUCUCAGGUGCAGGCGGGUCCACAGCUUGGCGCGUGCUUUCUCAAGUCUUAAGUUAUUCUUGACCACGCCAGCACUUAUUCAGCAUGUAAUGUAAUAAAAUGGGCCC